AUGACAAAAGAGAUCUUGAGUCGAGACGUUUCUGGUAAUCAGUACUUUCCUUCAUUUGGGAGUAGCUACUCGUACUCACAACACCAAAACAAGGUCCUCCUCCAAAAACGAGAAGACCUGAAACACGAACUUUUGAUCACACAAAAGCUCUGGUCGGCCUUUCCAAGUGCGGACGAAUACAUUUCCUCAAAGAGAACGUUAGAACCCCAAAUUGACUUGGAAAGAUCUUUGGAGGAGAAAUCAUCCAUCAGCUGUAAACCCCCAGAAAUUCGACUUUCGACAGCUAAGGUCUUUCGGUAUCGCCCAUUUUCUUUGAUUCUGACGAUGAGCUCGACUUGGAGAGAAAAGAAGGGUUUGAGCUUUGAACAAGUCUUCCAAUCAGUGACCGCACUCAAGUGUAAGAAAGAAGGGGAAGAAGAGGAGUUUGCGACGUGCUCACAAUGUGGAGGGAAGAAUAUUAUAGAGAUUGGAAGCUCGACGGGGUCAUCAUAUCAACCCACCGUCUCCGACGAUAAGACGGAAAUGUAUAUCUUCGACCACUGCAAGACUAACUGUAGUUCAUCAAGAGACCACCACAAGAAAAAGCUUCAAAUAGUCAUCACAUUAAAUGAUGAAAAGGUCGUUACUGUCCCUUUCUCUAUUCAAGCAAGAGAAAAAAAGACUUCGAAAGGGAAGAUCGCACAAGCACUCAAACAAGAACAACAACAAGCUGAACAACAACAAAAUAUUCAACCGACACCACCAGUCAACGUGUUACACACCAUCACACCAACUCAGAACUUUAAUCAGUUUAACCCAAUCCAACAACCUACCACGAGCUCCUCUGAACGUGUUGCCGUCUUUGUCUUCUCAACGUGUUUACAACAGAAAGAGAGUGUAUUGCUCAUUCAGAAUUACAAGACGUAUCUUGAGAAAAUAGAAGGGUUUGUCAACAUCAGAGUGUCAUUCCUGGAAGGAUUGGUGUUCGUCUUUGUGUACUUCAUGGACGUUGCGCAUGCGGAGGAGUGCGUCUCGAUGACUAAAAUGUUUGUGAACAACGACGCGCGAUACCCUAAUAUGUACAAAAAGAAGUUGGCCGACGACAACUUGGCGAUUUUACUGACAACGUUCCAUAACUGGAAUGACGUCACACAAGCCCCUCCGACGUUCUUCCCACAAGCCCCAUUUUAA